AUGCCGUAUCUAGGCGGUGAGGACGCGGUGCGGGAGCUCAGGAGAACUCUGUCCAACCCAAACGUUCAGGCUGACCAGCUGCGCUACAGAAACACCAUCCUCAAAGUCAUCAGGUGAGUGGCAGGUGACGAACCGACUGCUGUUCAUCAGAUUUGUUUACAGGAGGAGUGGUGACACAUGAAUUGUGCGAUUAUGCACCCGUUGACUCUCAUAGGCUAUCUAUCAUUAAACACUUAAAGGGUGGAAUUGCACGGUUUAGAGGUGGCAUAGUAUGAGGUAGCUGGCAGGGGUAAGGUAAUUACCCACCACAGGGAUGACAGUCAGUAUGGCCUGUUAUUGUCAAACAAGCUGGAGUGUUGGUAUGACAGCCAGACUACAUACUUCAGUAAUUUGUGUACCACUUAAUUUCCAGCAAAACCAAGCUUAUUACCAGUGUCAUGGUUAGAUUACACAAUAUCGAGAAAAUUUCAGGACUUUGUAGUCAAGAAAGCUUGACUGUAUUAGUACUUUUGGCAGAUACAGCACAUAGGGGAGAGUGGGGUAAGUUGAGCCACCCCCUGUUGCUUGGAAAUGGUAAAAAAAAAAAGAUCAUGUGACCACAUAUUUAGGAGAUGGGCUAUGGUAGUAGGGAUAUGGCUCAAGUUACCCCGCUCCUAUGGUCAACUUACCCCAUACAUGGGGUAAGUUGACUAUAGCAGACCACUUUUUUUGGCAUGUUAUAUUAUCAAGACAGUUAUGUUUACACUCAUUAUGUUGGUUUGCAGGGAUGUACAACAUCUUGAAAUAUAUGCAAAUACACUAGUUAGAGACUAAACUACGAUUGCCUUGAUGUAGUGAUCUGAAAUAUAAAAAAUGCCUCAUAUUACCUCACUGUCCCCUUCAUGUUGCUCUGAAUACCAACUAGAAACUGUAGCAGGCCUGGUGUGUGCCAGUAAAAACCAUCCUUCUCACCCCUGAAGGCCAGAAAAGAGCCCUGAAAUGCAAAGACCUGAGAGACAGUAUUCUAUCUUAAUGCCCAAAAAGCUUUACUCUCUCUCUUGUUCUCUCCUCUCUCCCCCCUCCGUCUGUCUCAGGUCGAUGUCACAGGGUGUGGAUGUGUCGGGUCUGUUUAGUGAGAUGGUCAAAGCGUGUGCCACAGUCGACAUAGUCCAGAAGAAACUGGUCUACGUCUUCCUUUGUUCUUAUGCUGCUUUGAACCCAGAACUGUCACUGCUGGUCAUCAACACACUGAGGAAGGACUGUCAGGACCCCAACCCAAUGGUCCGCAGCCUGGCCCUGAGGAACAUGACCAACCUCAGGUGAUGCACUGCACUCAUUGUUUGUGUACCAAUUGCCUCAUCAGCCUGUGAGUGUUAUAUUAAUGAGGUUUAUGUCUGUGUGUCUCAGGUUACCCUCUCUGGUAGAGUACGUGGAGCAGCCUCUCACAGCUGGACUCAGAGACAGAGCGGCCUGUGUGAGACGAGUAGCCGUCCUCGGCUGGGCCAAACUGCACAACCUUCAACCAAACUCAGAGAUUGGUACAGAUGCAUUUCUCUCUUCGCCUCUAUUUUCACACUCAGUCUUAAAGGGAUAUUCCGGGGUAAAAUAAAUUUAGGGUCAAACACACCGCAACACAGAGUUAGAAACCCCCUUGAGAGAUGAAUGUUGCUGACCGCUUGCUUCUCUAGUUAUACCAACUUUAGUAACGACCACAUGAUAGCAAUACACAGUGGUCUGAGGAGCCAUAAACAAACCUCAACCAAAAUGCCACUCUAUAGUCACAAAUAAUACUCAGAACAGCACCUAAUUUCAUCAACUGUACAUAUAGGGUCCUAGCCACAGCACUAGCACCCAGACUUCUUUUUAGCUUUGCCUGAUUUCUUUAGCAAAGAGACUAAACACAACUCACCUACUCUCUUACAGCAGCCGCUUGUUUGUAGCGAGACCUCAGGCCAGUCCAUUACGAACUACAGCGGGGUGAUGCAGCUCAAGAAAGAACAUUUAUGAUCAUUUCUUCAUGGAAAUGUAAUCAGACCGAGACGCGAAGGCAGAAGAACUACUGCGUCUGCAGUGCAAAAUGGUUAAUAUGAUGAUUAUUACACCCAAGAGGUGUAGAAAGAGAAGUUGUCUCCCCAUUCACUGUUUAUAAGUCUCAUUGCUUUCUUGGAUAUUUUAAAUGAGACCUAAUGUAAUCUUUUUCACCUUUCAUUCUGCAGGGCUAGGUCACCUAUAGAGUAGGUUAGCGUGAUCAGCAACUCCAAAACCUCCUUCUUUAUCUCAUGCUGGCAUCUGUGAGAACCUUAAUUUCAGCUCUAUUCAGCAUCUGACUGACACUUUUCAAUAAGCUGCUUUUACUCUGACAGAAAUUUAGACACAGCUGAAGGAUGUGAGUUUUGUCUGUGGCCAACUGCUAUUUUGACAGUCUUUGUUUUCAUGCAGUUUGUUGACAUGUUUUUCAGAUGCAUCUGUGGUGAACGAGUUGUACAGCCUGCUGAGGGACCCUGACCCUGUGGUGAUGGUGAACUGCCUCCGAGCUCUGGAGGAGAUCCUGAAGGAGGAGGGAGGAGUGGCAAUAAACAAACCCAUCACACACCACUUGCUCAACAGGUGAGGCCGUGAAAACCAGGAAGGAUGGUGCUGGAUGUCAGAGUAACAGGAUAUUUCUCUUAUUUUUGCCGUGCUGCAGCAGUUUCAAUCUUGGACUCUCUUAUUCGUGCUGUAAGCAGCCCUGUUUGAUUUUUAAAGCUUGUGUUUGUUAAAACCGUGUUUAAAGUCUACUGAGAGGUUAAACUGUAGCCGCAGCGUGUCUAUGUUUUUGUAUUCUUUCUAUGUGUAACAGAAGCAUUAAUCUGCAGCACUCAGCCUCUGUCGCUCUGUCUUCAUCUCUAUCUUUCAACAGUCAUCCAUUUAUCUGCAGACACUUAAUCCAAUCAGCUGGCCCAUUAGCUUCCCAGCUCUUCCUGACAGAUUUCUCUGUUGAAGUUACCAGGAAACCUUGAUACAACCGCAGAGAUCAAAGACUGUCUGUGGGCUCCAAACCUGCUGCAUAUCAAACACACAAAUCUUUACAAUCUGAAAACAAGGACAAAGUUUACACAUAUACAUUCUUCUGAUAAAUUAGUUACUCCAGCCAACACAUUCAUAAGCACUUGUGAACACAUUAUGAACAGUAACAAUAUUUCUUUGGGUCAUUUUCUUAAAAUUUAAAAAACCUGGAUUCAUUAAUUCACCGUAAUACACAGAAAAGCAAAAGAUAAAAAGCCUCAGAGCUCAAAAUCAACCACCUCAAGGCCACACAGAUAUGACACGCCCGCCUUCCAGUUAAAUCAGCUGUGCCCCUUACUAUACCAACAUUUCUGCAUAGAAAAAUUCACCUCUCUAAAAACGUGUUUGAGAAAGUAAAUGAUCUUCAUAACAAAACUGUUGUUUACUCAAAGAUAUUUAUCUCUGCUGUGAAGUCGGACAACUGAGCACAGGGUCUGGAGGGGCCUCUAGUGGACAUUUGAGGAACGGCAGAUCUUUGGAGUUGCGUGUUUGCUGCAUAAUUUUGCACAUGAGAAUGACACUUGAAUCUAACCUAAAUAUCUUUUCAAAGACGGUGUGCAACUCAAGCAGUUCAAGUGCUCAAUCAACAUGUUGAGGCUUCAGUCCUUGUCACAGCAGUUGCUUGUUUGACUCCCAGCUUUGGCUUCUUCUCCCCGUCUUCCUUGGCUCUCCACCCCUCACAGUCCUUCUGAUUUUCUCCUCUCAGGCUGAAGGAGUGUGACGUAUGGGGUCAGUGUGAGGUCCUCAGAGUCCUCCAGCGGUACAAACCUCAGACAGAGGACGAGCUCUUUGACAUCCUGUCCCUGCUGGACGCCUCCCUGGUCAGCCCUCACCCUCCGGUCAUGGCCGCCACCUUCAGCCUCUUUCUCCACCUCUGCUCCAGACUCCCCGCCGUCGGCCAGGCGGCUCUGGAGCGAGUACGAGGACCCUUGCUGGCUGCCUGUGGUAGUACGUCCAGAGAGAUGAGGUUCGCCGCGCUCUGCCACAUACAGGUCAGUGUGAGGGUCAGCAUGAGUGGAGCCAGCAUGUGUGUCUUUGAGCACGACUUCAAAAACAGCAUAAGACAAAAGACACAGAGGACAUUGUGAAAAAGACACAGUGUCAGUCUGUAAACAUGCUUUGUUUAUCUGUCAGAGAUCAUUUUACUCUAGCUAUUUACAUAUGUUUGUCUGUUUUUAUUUGUUUAUCAGGGUUGUCAGUCUCUCUGUAGUCCUGCAGUUUGAUCCUGAGUUUGUGUUGCUCUCUACUUCCAGCUGCUGUUGUGUUCUCUUCCUGGCCUCUUGGGGGCGCACUACAAAAGGUUCUUCUGUGGCUAUGCUGAGCCAGCUUACAUCAAGCAGAGGAAGAUGCAGGUGAAUCCUUUUUAACUCUGUGUUUCGUUUACUUUUUUGGCCAGUAUGACUUUAAUACAACUGUUUCUGAUGUUCAUACCCCCUUCUGUAAAUAUCUAGAUGAAUGUUACUUAGUCUUACUGAAAGAUCCUGUUCUGCAGCACUGGGCAAUGGGAUUAAAAUACCGUGACAUGCAAAACACACAGCUCACUAAGCACAAAUGUAGAUAGUGACAGAACACUAACCUUAACUGAUUCAGUGACUGGCAUGCUGCUUUCAAGACUAUUAAAGAUAGAGAAAAGUAUGAAAGAGAAGAGUUUUUCAGACUUUAAAAAACAUUUACAGACUCCUGAAAAGUUAUGAGGUCUGUUUAUCUGCUACUUCAUCUUAACUGAUGAGCUCUAGAUCUACCAGCUUCAAGGAUUUACCAGUAAAUCUCCUUUAAUGCACAGCCAUGUCCCCAGAUUCUCAUACUUUGAGCAGUGACACAACUGUGCUUUACACCAUGUUGUGUUUGCAGUAACAGUACUGUAUUUUAAAUUGUGUUGUUUGCAGUGACAGUUCUGUUUUUUAAAUUGUUGUGUUGACAGUAACAGUACUGUAUUUUCAAUUGUGUUGUGUUUGCAGUGCCAGUACUGUAUCUCACACCCUGUUUUGUGCAGGUCCUGGUUGAGCUGGUAAACGAUGAGAAUGUGGUCAUGUUACUUGAUGAGCUAAAAGGAUACUGCACUGAUGUCAACACAGAUACCGCCCAGGCUGCAAUCUCUGCCAUAGGUAAACACACCUGUCCUUUUAUUGUUCAGAUCUCAACCACACACUUCUGCUUCCUGUUGUUCAGGAGACUAUUGAUGUGUUACUAAAGGGUUAGAGGGAAAAAAUGCUGCACCCUCAGUUUGUACAUUAAGAUUUGAUUUGAGUGCUGGAGAAAUCACAUUAGUAUCUCUGGCUGGUGUUGGGACAGUAGGACUUAAAAUAUCUACUGACAUGUUUCCACCAAAAUGCCUGGAAAUUUUGGUAUCAGGAACUGUUUCUCACUGACCUUAAAGGUUCCUUAUGCCUGAUUUUCUUGUGCUUUGCUGGAGUGUAAAGACAUGCAAAUAUCCAGAUGAUUGGUGUGUUGUACAUGUAAUUUUGUAUGUUGGAACUUGAGUCAAAAACAGAGACACUCUAAAUUUAGUUCCUGACAGACAUCGAAUAAGGACUGAAUUCAGUUCUGGUUUUCUGUGACUGUGUUGAUCAGUUAAAUUAUGAUAUAAGUAAAAACAAACAUUCUGGUUUUGCCAAAAAAAGGGGGAAUAAAUUCAAUGCUAAUUUUCAGCCAGUGAGAAAUGUUCAGAGCUGAGCUCACUGUAAGGGUCCUCAGCCCUGAGCAAAGUUCCCGCUGUUAAGCAUGGUUCUUAUCUCCUUGUGCUUCCAUGUCUCCUGUGUGAUUGGUGCAGGUAGGAUUGGGCGGAGCUACAGCGACAAAUGUCUGGAGAUCCUAACAGGACUACUAGGACUCAAGCAGGAUCACAUCACCUCCGGUAAAAAAAAUCUACAGGUUUCUACACAAACCACAGAGUGUGGACUUUGGUUUUAACAUUUUCAUUAAUGCAAAAGGAAACAAAAAUCAGCCAUACUUCUUUAUUUCUGAUUUAGGAUCCUACAUUUCCUUGAAAAAGUGUGUUAUUUAUGAUGCUUAAAAUAUCUCUUAGAUGGGCCAACAAGGCCACAAAAACUCAAACUAAAGGUGACUGAUCCUUGGUUUUUGUAGCUCACAGACUCUGGAGCUCACUCCCACCUGCCAAUUAGUCUGCUCUCUGACCCAAAAACCUCUUUAGGACCACUUUUCCUAAACUUGGCAUUUCAAUAAUGUUUCACCUCUUUCUCAGAGUAUGUGGGUCUAAGUAUGCCAAUUGUUCUUGUCUGUGGAUGAAGAUUCGACAGCCACAACAGACAAAUAGAUCAAGUUUUCUGAGAGCUGAUGUGAGGAUCCUUUGUUUGCUCCUCAGCGGUGGUGCAGACGAUGCGUGACCUGGUGUGGGUGUGUCCUCAGUGCAGCGACAUUGUGUGUGAGGCUCUGGAGGGCUGUGAGGACAUGCUGCAGGACAGCCAGGUCAGUCACACACACAAACUAACACAUACAGACACCACUGCACAGCAGAUGGAAUAUAAAGCAUCAUAAUGAAGAGACAGAUAUGAAGAACAUGAAGAAAAACUGCACUUAAGCAGGAAGCACUUACCUUCCAAUUCCAUAGGAGUUGAGACGCUGCAUUGAGUGAUGAUGGAAACAAAAUCUGCUGAUUUUCAAAUCAAAUAAGGUUUAUAUUGAACUUGAAUUAUAAUCCAAAGACACACUAUUAGAUAUAGAAAAUAAAAACUGUUUUUGUUUAAUGAAAAAUCUUUGCACAUUUUAAAUGUGAUGCAGGAACGUGCUUGUAAAAAGUUCUUAUAGAGGAAGACCACCGUUUAUCACUGUUUCCACAAAUGCAGGUUAAAACUGAACCAUGUCAAGAGCAAACCGCCUCUUAUGUUAGCUUAUGUUUAGUCUUUAGAGUUUUUUCAGAAAUGAUUGCAAUACUUUCUGACUCAAUUAAAAGCUAUUGUACACUAUUUCAAAACAGCUUUCAAUCAAAGUCAAAAUAGUAACUGAAAGAAUAACAGGUGAAAUACUAAAAAUGUACAAUUAAGGUGAAGAGUCUCCUUUGUAAUAUCUUUAUUCACAUUGAUGGUCUUCUAUAUUCAGUAGUGUGUAUUGUCAGUAAUAAGCAGGAGGGUUUGAUGUGAACUCAGGGUUUUGGUUGUUUAUCAGCAGACAUUUCUGUUUGUAGUGUUUUGUUUUUGCUCUAUUAGAUGCUGGAAAAGAAGGAGGGUUUCACUUUAAAGGUUUGCAGUCUCUGUGGCGGUUCUACGUUGUGAACACAAACACCUGCAGAUCCACGAUUUAGUCAUGAAACAUUGUUCAGACCUUUGUUUACUGAAAACAGACCUUUUCCCUUGUUUUGUGACUAGAAGCCACCUGGGUUAUGUGUAAAGCACAUUUAUUCUUGAUUGGCCUGUGAACACUGUGUGUAAAUCUGAGUGUUGUUGUCACACCUGUUUUCUUAUCCUUACUUAACCAGCACUUUCAGACUAGCUGACUCCAGAAAAUCCAGGUGAACACACCUCUGUAAACAUGACUCCUGAAUGGCCUGAGAUUCUAAUAAGGGAGAAACACAAAUGAGAUGCAAACUAUGACUCCAGGCUCCAAACACCUGUCACCUGCCUGAGUCUGAAAGCAUCACAUCUGUUUGAGUCGCUGUGACUGAACCCUGCAGCAGGUGAUUAUUACGAGUGAAUAAUGACUGCUGUGAUUUGACACUACAUAGAUAGACUGAGUGGUUGGUUAUAGAUAUUUUUACCACAGAAAAUGGAGACCCUCUAUCAGCUGAUUUGUGUCUAAACUAAUAAUGUUUAGUUCCUGCUGAAAAGACAUGUGAGGGUUUACCUUUGACCCCUUACCUUUGAUUCCUCACUCAGUACACUAUAGCGGUUAUACAUUAACACGCUGAAAAAUGAAUGACUAAACGUAAAUGAAGUGCACCACAGAAGGCUAGGUCAGUUUGUUUUAAAGCACUGCUCAAACACAGAAAAAAGUGAAAUGAAAACCUUAAAAUUCAGGAGUGUUAAAGAGAAGUGACAAAAUAACAAAAUAAGUCGCAAAAUAACAAAAUAUCCUCUUGAGGGUUUAUAUUUUUUUAGAGCUGUUUGUAUAAAGAGAAGAGAAAGUAUUAUGGCUGAUAUUUGCCGUUUGACUGAUUAUCUGUAUUGGUCUUUUAUUUUACAGCUGAUCAAACUUUGCACCUCAUUGGCUCCACUGUCAGUGUCUUUCUCUCUGGGUUUGUUUUCUUGCACCUCUCUGUCUUGCUCACCCACAACACAAUCUAAUUGGCUAGACGUCAAAUGACCAUGACUGGUUAACUGGUUACCAGUUAACUCCUCUGAAUGAUGUUGAAAGUUUAGUUUUGAAAAAAAAAAAAAAAAUUGCGAAAGGCUUUUCAAGCUCCUGUGAGUAACUUUCACUUUGUGUCUGUUAUGGCGCCACCCUGUGGAGGAAGUAGUCUUUGUCCACAUGAUCGCAAAAAUCACCAGUCUUGUCAAUGAUGGCCUUGCUUGCUUUUGAAAAAGACAAUGCAAAUCUGUAAACAUGAUUUCUGUCAGACAGCACUUCACAUGUUAUUUGCAUGUGCGUGUGUGUGUGCGUUAGCUAAAAAUGCUGAAUAUUAUUGUGUCAUAAUAAAGCAGGCCAGUGGGGGUAACUGCAUUUCUCAUGGUCCUGAAACGUCAUGUUGCGGCUUCAUGAUCAUAUGUGAACCAUGAUCCAAAAAUGACGUUUGCACCUCAUGAUCUCACUGUUUGCUUCAGAACCGUUGGUCCCAUUUCUGAUGUUUAUAUUUGUACAAAGCUCGAUUAUGUUCCCUCCUGUGCAGGAGGUCAAAAUAGUGUCAUGUGAACACACCGGCUGUCAUGAUUUCACAGUUGAAACUUUAAAAUGUUUAUAUCUCUACGUAUUUACUUUAUAAAUGUGUCUCCUCAGGGUUCACUCUUAAAUUUCUAUUGCAUGACCCUGCAGCACAGUUCCUGGUGAGUCAGUCCCUCCUGGACUAAGAGCUUCCAUUGUUCAGUGGUUCCCAGAGACAGCGGUUUAGAAAAGCUCCUUUUCCUGGUUUGUUUGCCCUGUAACUUACUCCGUGGUUGAGUUCCCUUGUUUUAGGAUUUUUUUUGUAUAUCUGUCUGGCACAUGACAUUUGGUGACCUGAUGAAUCUCAAAGGACUUUGAGAAUAACUGAAGGUUUCUGGUAUGACCAUGACAGAGAGCAAUGUAUAACUUUUUGAACAUUUCAAAAAGAAGUUUCUGAAAUUCAGGAUCAUGGAGUUAAAGUUUCAGUCAGUUCAGGUCUUGAGGUCAAGUCUGACCCUCUGUUCAUCCAUCAGGGCAGGCAGGCGUUGCUGUGGCUGCUGGGUGUGUACGGGGAGCGGGUCUCUAGCGCCCCCUACACACUGGAGGUGUUCAUUGACGGCGUGAGGAGUGAGGCAUCUGUGGGAGUGAAGCUGGAGCUGCUGACGACUGCCAUGAGGCUGUUUCUUUGCCGACCUGCAGAGACUCAGGACAUGCUGGGACGACUGCUGCACUUCUGCAUAGGUCUGUGUGUGUGUCUGUGUUUGUGUGUGUGUGUGUGUGUGUAAAAGACACAGAAAUUGUGACUUAGACCCUUUAUUUUUCAGAGGAGGAGACAGACAUGUGUGUGCGUGACCUGGCUCUUCUCUACUAUCGUCUGUUGCAUUGUGGGAUUGAGGAAACUCGAAAGGUCCUUCAGGGUCGGAGGUCAGACCCUUCGCUGGGUGUCCUGAUUGGCCGUCCUGCAGAGCCCAUCAGCCAAUGGGCAUCCAGCUUUAACACUCUAGAUCCUCUGAAGCAGGUCACCCUGGAGACAGAGACCUCCAGCAGAGGAAGUCCCGAACAUGUGACCUUUGACCCCAAACCUAAGAAUGACCUGUCAGACACUCUGAGCUGCAGCAGAGUCGACGAGGUUCAUCCAGGUGAGUUCAAGUCUUUCCUUAAACUUGAAUAAAAAAAGGUGAAAAGUUGAGAGAGGGUUGGAGUCAGUAUUUUACCCAGUCAGGGACUGAGAGUAAAAUAAACAGACCCUCUAGAAGUUUAACAUUCCUAUAUCUAAAAUCUUUUCAUGAUUGAGUUUAGGAAAUAUUCUCAUCAUGUACAAAUCAUCAAAAAUAAAAUAAGAGAAGACUGGAUGUUUUCACUUUACACACCAUAAAUAUAAGACUAUCUAAAAUCAACAUUUUUAAAGUAAAGAAUGAAAAAAGAGCUGUUUUUACUCUGUCAUUAUCACCUGACAGAGCUUAGGGGAGUUUGCCUGUUAGAAAAAAAACGUUUAAUCAGCUCAUUGGUGGAACUUUUAGAGGGUUAGACCGAAAAGUAAUGAAUCUCUCUGAUAUUGAUACCCAGUAAUUAAUCCUCCUGUAAACAACAGGAUUUCCUCUCAGUGGUUUUAUUUCCAGUUUGUUUGUUGUUAAAGAUAAAAGCCUAACUUUUGUGGCAUUAAAGACUCACCCAGGUGAACCCAGGUGAAACUCAGAGGGCUUUAUUUGAAAUGAUACAUAGAGCAAAACUCAAGAAUAGAUGGAACUGAAGUAGACUUCUUUGUCUCUGUCUGAAUACAGAGGCUAUUGUUCUUUGGUUUCAGUAGAUCGCUAAAUCUGAAAAUCAUGUGCAAGUCUUCCAAGAGACACAAUCUGAUAUCUUGUUAUGAAAAAAUGACAUCUGAUAUUUGCCGUCUUACUCUUUCACAGUUUCAGGUUGGUUGCACUGCAUGUUGCAGGGAAUGUGUAAGGCUUUCAACAGGCACUUUCAAGGCUGCAUUAGAUGCGAUAAUCAGACCUCCUUAAACAGCUCUUGCAUUUUUAAGUUGUUGUUAUGCUGCAGACAGAUCCUUUCAAGCUGGAAUUCAGGUUUUUAUUUAUUUUAUUUUUUUUACAAACUUGUAUCCUGAUUGGGUUAUUUGAGUAUCCUUCCAGCCUGACUGUCUAAAGAGCAAUGUAACAUCUGUUCACUCUGGAUUUAAGAUACUGUGGUAGGAUGAAUGUCAGCGGAAUUUAUUGUGACUUGUGAAAAUAAGACUCAGCACAGACUGAUGGAGUUAUAGUAAAACUAAGACUCAGUCAGUACAGACUGAUGGAUUUACAGUGAAACUGAGACUCGGCACAGACUGUUGAAUUUACAGUGAAAUUGAGACUCAGUACAGACUGAUGGAUUUACAGUGAAACUGAGACUCGACACAGACUGGUGAAGUUACAGUAAAACUGAGACUCUGCGCAGACUGAUGAAUUUACAGAGAAACUGAGACUCAGCACAGACUGAUGGAGUUACAGUAAAACUAAGACUCAGUACAAACUGAUGGAUUUACAGUGAAACUGAAUUCGGUACAGACUGGUGAAGUAACAGUAAAACUUAGACUCAGCACAGACUGAUAAAUUUACAGAGAAACUGAGACUCAGUCAGUACAGACUGAUGGAUUUACAGUGAAACUGAGACUCGGCACAGACUGUUGAAUUUACAGUAAAACUGAGACUCUGCCCAGACUGAUGAAUUUACAGAGAAACUGAGACUCAGCACAGACUGAUGGAUUUACAGUGAAACUGAGACUCGGCACAGACUGGUGAAGUAACAGUAAAACUAAGACUCAGUACAGACUGAUGGAUUUACAGUGAAACUGAGUUUGGUUCAGACUGGUAAAGUAACAGUUAAACUAAGACUCAGUACAGACGGAUGAAUUUACAGAGAAACUGAGACUUGGUAGACCGAUUAACUGGUGCUUCAUGGCUGAAACAGAGCACCAAUAGUUGUGUCCUAUAGAGAACUCCUGGUCCUGAUUCUAGCUAUGAGAUUAUUGAACUGGGUCCUGGGUGCUGGAAAGCAGGAAAGUUCAUCACUCACGGUUCAUGUAGGAGGAGGGGAGACUAACCAGCUAAGAGUGAGUCCAGGUGAUGAUGAAGUCUGAAUUUCUGACUGAUCUGAAAGAAACUGAACCACCAUCUGCAGUUUUAUUUCCAGUAAGCUCAACAUUUCUGUCAGUAGACUGAAUUACUGCCCUUUUUAUAUGAUGUUCAUCCUCUGUAGCAUCACUGUUGAGUUUUCAGGUUUUGGCAGUUUUACUUAAAUGUAUUUUAAAGAGGAGACUAAUUGAGAUUAAGAGUCUCUAACAAGAGCGUCCUGACCGAGAUUAGCAGCAGCACAUUUUACCAAAAUCACAGAUGUUAAAACACAUAAUUUGAGAAAAACAUGCCGACAAAUCCUGAAUCACAUGACAGAAAGUCAUCAGAGCAUUCACAGCCGUGUGCAUCGUCCUCCAACACCUUCAGUCUGUCUGAAAAGCAAAAAAAGUCUCUCUGUCCUGCACUCUGCUCUUUUCUGAUAAGCUGAAAAAGGAGGCUUAUCCGAAACCAGUGGAUGUUCAGUUAGAUUUAUUGACAGCACUUCUUUCUCAGAGUCGGUUUUAAGAGGUGGAGCAGAAUAGACCAGACAGCAUUCCAACUACAGGCUUGUUGGACAGCCUGGGCGGCAAUACACAAGACAUUUUUUAAGUCAUUGCUCAAGUUGUCAAAUAUAAAUUUAAAGUUUGCACUUCUGGACAAGAGACUGUGUAAAGUUGCUUUAACUCCUCUGGAUGAAUGUAGUAGAUGCCUUUAGACCUCUGGGUGUCCUGUAGUCUGGUCCUGCUCUCUGCAGCUUUGUUUAAACCUCAUGUGUCAGACUGAUGAUGUCUCAUGCUAUCUGGUUUUACAGAUCAUGGAAAGUUGAACUGUAGGAGGUACAUUUCCUGAUUCAGUGGUUUCUUUGGGAGCUGUUGGUAUUUAGGGUUUCUAUAACCUGUUUUUCGAGAAUGUUGUUUUUCUACUGACAUGUUGGCCACACCUGCAGGAAUGUAAUCAGGCGAGUCUCUGAUUUAAAAGGCUGAAGAUGUUGAGAGGUGAAAUAUAAAGGCCAACCCUGAAAAAGUCAACACUGUCUGGAUGGCAGCAUGUGUUGCUCCUAAACCUGUAUCUCCAUCCCUAUACCAACAGUGAUGCUGGUGGUAUGGGUAACCACAAAAAAUAGUUUCUGAAAGUGAUUUUGAGUCCAUGCAGUGUCUUCCAUGUAGUGAUUUGAAUUUAUAUUAAAAAUCUUAAGAUUAAUUUUUGACGAUAAUCUUAAAUUAUGACAUUAAUGCACUCAUUAAAAGGGGCUCCACCCACCUUUAACAGUAGGAAUAAAGAGUUUAAUCCAGAAAUCAAACAUUAAGUCAAUCUUUAAUCAAUUUUAAAUCAAUCUCAUAUCUCAAGCUUGAAUUCUCAUUUCAGGGACUCCACUUUUGGAAGAACAUUAACAGACAAGAACUUAGAAAAAUAACCAGUCUGUUUAUUACAGGAUAAAUGAUGGUACAACAUACAUACAAAAAAUGAGGAUAAGAUAAUAGGGAUAAAUAAUGAUUGGUAAAUGAAAGAUUCUGAGUCAGACUAUGAUUACGGAAGUUAUUGAUAGUGAGUGAAUAUGCUCUAAGAUAUUAACCUACAUGAACUUUGGUGAAGAGAUAAAUUUGGAUGUGGCUUUAGAUGAAUUUAGAAUAUGAAUAAUGAACACAUGAGACAGCAUCAGCCCUGUUUGAUAUCACAUGUCUCUUUUUUUUUUAAAGAUAUUUUUUGCUUUUAAUGGAUAAGACAGAGUGGAAAUGUGAGAGAUAGAUAGAGAUGGGGGGUGGGGGAUGACUUGCAGCACAUGGUCAGGCUGGACUCGAACCUGCGAAUGAUACAGGGACCAUAAUCCCCAUAUGUGGGGCACACUUUAACCUGCUAGGCUAUCUAUGCACCCCAAACAUCUCAUUUUAACACAUAUUUCAUGUUAAAACAGAUUACUAAAUAGCUGAAAGCAUCAGACAUCAUUAUCAGUCAUUUGUAUUUUUUCACCAAAGGGAUGCUGUUUUUAGCAGCAUAUGGCUAAUCAGGGUUUCAGGACAGAGGUCUGGAUGUCAGUGUCCUGCUCCUCAGAACUCCUCUGGGAUUCCAUGGAUUCACACUCUUCAGACAGUGAAUCUCAAAUAGGAGACCUGGGUUGAGGCAUUAAUGUUUAUUUAGAUGGUCAGAGAUGGAGUCAGUUUGAAAAGUAAUAAAAACUUUGUCUCUUUUCUUUAAAUUGACUAAUUGAGAAGAGCCAAUGACCCAACCUGAGGUUUAGGUCAACCUCAGGUUGUCUUUGUGUAAGCUGAAAGUCCAAACAGGUCUAGAGAGAUUUAUAUGAUCCUGUGUCCUGGGACCAGAUAAGGAACCUUUCCUUUAAGGAAUGUGUGAGUUUCACUCACAGGGUUGUCUUGAUGCUACACCCAUGACAGAUUCCUGCCUGUUGUUAAAUGCAGUGCUGCCUGAGAGCCGGAAGAUCAGGACCAGCCAGUCUUGGUUUUGGUCCUUGUCCCUUUCGUACAGAGAUUUCUCCAGAUUCUCUGAAUCUUUUAAUGACAUGAUGAACUGCAGAUGAUGAAAUCCACUCAUUCUUUCACAUUUGACUCUCAGGAACUUACUAAAAGUUGCUCUGACCACUGAAAAACAUGUUGCUGCCAUCAAAAUUGAAGAGAUUUUUUAGUUUUAACAUCUAAAUCAUUGUCUUUUCACUGCUUUUCAAUCGAAUUUGGCUUGAAAUAAUUUGCAAAUUGUAAAAUUGUGUUUUUAUUGACAUUUAACAUUAGUCCAGACUGGUUGUAUUAAGUGAUACUUGAGUUAAAUUAAAAUCUUUUCCGUGGAAACAUUUUUAAUCUCUAUCUACCCUGGAUCAGUCACAGACUUCAGUGUGGGGUCAGCAGAGAGGACUUUCGGCAGCUCUCUCUUGUUUGUUGUGGUCCCUCUGAGAGGCUCUCUGAAAGCUCCCAGUGUUUUAAAUCUCCUCUGGGAUUUCACUGGUAUAAAAAGAUUUGUUAUUCAGACUGAGAAGAUUUUUCCCAAGGUUAAGGUCCAUUUCUGGGAAUGCAGAACCAUUUUAAUCACAAAUCUGCCCCCUUGGCACUCAUCCAAUUCUCUUGUCACCCCCUAAUUCAUCCUCACCUCCCUCUCCUUUCCCCCGUUCUGCUGCCUCCCCCCCUUUCCUUUUCUUCUCUCUGACUGUCCUCAUCCCCUCAGACUCAGAUGGUGUUGGUCAGUUUGCAGACUCUUCUGCAGACGUCCCGUCUCCCCUCAGUCUGUCCCUGUCCCCAGCUCUCAGCCCGGAGGAGUUUGAGCGUCUGUGGCUGCAGGGACGAGCUGUGCAUGCUGAGCGAGGUAAUUCAAUAGAUAAAGAUUCUUUUAUUCUGAAAGCUCUCUGCUCCAGGGACAGGAAGACAGUUUGACAGGAAGAAGAGGACACAAACUGUAAAAGAAAAGUGAAAUCUGCAGACUGGAGUUCAUCCAAAAUCGUUCACUCAGCUCCAGAUUUCACCAGCUCAGACUUGAUGUGAGGGAAAUUUCUCUGAGUUUGCUGCUCUUUUUUCAUCUGCAGGUUCAGAGGAAACAGUAGAGAAGGACAUAGAGUGUCUGGUGGAACAUGUUCGAUGCCCUGCCGUCCCUCACUGUUCACCUCAGAGCCUUCAGGCCGCCAUGCAGCUGCUCAACAUCCAGACGUUAGCCUUCACACCACCACACACACUCCCCUGGAGGGUCUACCUGUACACACACACUCAGCACACACUCUCUGUUAACAGUACGCUCAUACUGGGAGAGCUGCUGUACACAGGGAGGGACAAAGAGGUGAAGAAGGAGGAGGAGGAGGAGGAAGAAAAGGAGGAGGGAGAGGAAACAACAGGUGACAAAGAGGAGGAGGUUAAAGUGACUCUUCAGCAGCAGCCGAGAGACAAAGAAGCUCUGAGAGGGUUCCUGUCCAUCCUCACCUCUGUGCUGCACACACUGUCUGCAGAGCCUGAAUAA